ACCGUGCUCCUAUCAGGCUACAUGAAGCCAGCAAACCUCAGUCAGUAAACCUGUUGGGCUUGUUUCCUUUCUUGUCCCCAGUGACUGUCAUUAUUUUCCAGCCUCCCAGCCCUGACCUGGCUGAUAGAGAUCAGAUGGUGACUGGAUAGAAGAAGCCUUCCCAGUCUUGGGUCCAUGAUGUACGCACCAGUUGAAUUUUCAGAAACUGAAUACCCACGAAUUGAGUACCAAAGAAGAGAGCAACAAUUUUGGGACCCUAUUCGACUCUCUCUGUUUACGUUGGCAAUUGUAGCAAUCAUAGGAAUCACAAUCGGCAUUGUCACUCAUUUCGUUGUUGAAGAUGAUAAGUCAUUCUAUUACCUCGCCUCUUUUCAAGUCACAAACAUCAAAUACAAAGAAAAUUAUGGGGUGAGGUCAUCAAGAGAGUUUAUAGAAAGAAGUCAUCAGAUUGAGAGAAUGAUGUCUAGGAUAUUCCGACGUUCUUCUGGAGUGGGUCGAUUUAUCAAGUCCCACGUUAUCAAGAUAAGUCCAGAUGAACAGGGCGUGAACAUUCUUAUGGUGCUGAUGUUUCGAUACCCAUCUACUGAUAGUGCUGAACGAAUCAAGAAAAAAAUUGAAAGGACCUUAUACCAAGGUCUGAAGAUCAAACAGCUGCCUCUGACUAUAAAUAAACCAUCAUUUAGCCUCACACCUAUUGACAGCAAAAAGAUGAGAAAUCUCCUCAAUAGUCGAUGUGGGAUAAGGAUGUCAUCUUCAAACAUGCCAUUGCCAGCAUCCUCUACUACUGAGCGAAUUGUCCAAGGAAGGGAAACAGCUAUGGAAGGAGAAUGGCCAUGGCAGGCCAGCCUCCAGCUCAUAGGGGCUGGCCAUCAGUGUGGAGCCACCCUCAUUAGCAACACAUGGCUCCUGACAGCAGCUCACUGCUUCUGGAAAAACAGAGACCCAAGUAAAUGGAUUGCUACUUUUGGUACAACUAUAACACCACCGGCCGUGAAGCGAAGUGUUGGCAAGAUUAUCAUUCAUGAAGAUUACCACAGAGAAAGCAAUGAAAAUGACAUUGCUCUAGCCCAGCUCACUACCCGCGUAGAGUUUUCAAACGUGGUUCAAAGAGUCUGUCUCCCAGAUGCAUCUAUGAAACUGCCACCGAAAACAAGUGUGUUUGUCACAGGGUUCGGGUCUAUUGUAGAUGAUGGGCCUACACAAAAUAAACUCCGGCAAGCCAGGGUGGAAACCAUAGGCACUGAUGUGUGUAACAGAAAGGAAGUGUAUGACGGCCUGAUAACUCCGGGCAUGCUGUGCGCUGGAUUCAUGGAAGGAAAAGUAGAUGCAUGUAAGGGUGAUUCUGGUGGACCUCUGGUUUAUGACAAUCGGGACAUCUGGUACAUUGUGGGCAUAGUAAGUUGGGGACAAUCUUGUGCUCUUCCAAACAAGCCUGGAGUCUACACAAGAGUGACUAAGUACCGAGACUGGAUAACCUCCAAGACUGGCAUCUAGAAUGGACUCUUGUGAGUUAUAGCCAUGGCUCACAGAGCAAGAUGACUGCAGAUUGUCUAUUAUCUCUUAGAGUCGUGAGUUAUAGUGACAGUACACGGAGCAAAAUGCCUGCACAUUGUACAUUAUUACUGAGUGUUGUGAGCUAUAUAGUCACGGCCCAUGGAGCAGGAUGCCUGCAGACUGUCCAUUAUUACUUAGAAUCAUGGGGUUAAAACAAUGCUUCUGCCGAUGUCAAGGAACUCGUCAGACCUAGACUAACUGAUACCAUGAGGUGGCUUUUAUGUACAUAAACUUUCUACCAAGAAGGAAGAAGACAUGGCUAAUGACAGGUAGCACCAAUGCCUCACUCAUAAGGGUGACUCCUCAAGGUGACAAACACUUACAAAUGACUUCCCUCAGGAUAUAAAAGCUGCCAGGCUGCUACAACCUUACCUCAAAUGAUACAUCGAGCCCCAGGAUUCAUCUUACAAACAUCAGUCAACACCUUCGCUGGGAAUUUAAGACGUCAGCAUUUUAAAACUCGUGACUGGACAUUCAAUUGCUAGAAUGAAGGAGCGUUGAACCUGCAGUAAAACUUGAACUGUAACCUGGGUUUGUAUAUGACAGAGCAGAGCAUUAUUCUCAACCACAGGAAUUGUCAUUAUUUAAAUGCAUAUGAACUUGCCAUAACACCAUGAAUACCCUCAAAGCACUGGCUUCAGGGAGCAUUUUGCAUUGUUAAGAAGCAUUUCUGGCUUACUCUUUAGCAGAAUCUUGCCAUCCACAAAUCAAUCGUAAUCAGCCCAGAAAAGAGAAAAAUAAAACCAUUAUAAGGAUUUUCCCACUAGUAUAAAGAAGCAGAUGAAAUCAGAAGUAGUUAAGAGAUGUUUAGUAGCAGGGCACACUGCACUUUUGAUAGAGUGUAUUAUCCAAAUACUUAUUUUGAAAUACAAACAUGAGCAUAUGGUUACCAAUGCUUUUGUAAAUCAUCACUCAUUGCCAAGUUAUAUGUCUAUCAAAAUGUCAGAGGAGGAGGGCCUCAUGAAAAGAAGGAUAGUGCUUACUAUAUACUGAGCACUAAUAACAGUAAGUGAAUUCCCCAACAAAGGGGUUUACCUAUAGUUCAAAGCCUAGUGGUGGGCACAGUAUUAGUGAACACAGGUUGAGAUAGACCAAUGUAUCAUGAACAUUGUACUUUGCCACAUGCAAAUUAUAUGAUUUUAUGCAAAUGUCCCAAUAUCUCUCAGUUAGCUCUUUCAUCUGUAUAGUGUGAAUAAAAUUCUACCUCAUGGUUUUAUUUUUUGAGGAUUACAUGCAUUAAUACAGGUAAAGUUUUUGCAAUAGCAACUGCACAGAGUAAAUUCUCAGGACGAAUAAGCUACUAUCAAUAUUAAUGUUCUUUGGACUUUUAAAAACACAAUAUUUAUGUUUUUAAAUGCCCCUACUUCUUUGAAGAAAUACAAAUAAUGUCAAAAUCCUUUAAAUUGCAUUGUUAAAAAAACAGAUGAAGUAUCAGAUUUUCAAAAUCGCUUUUAUGUUAUUUCUUGGAUUUAAUUUGAACUGUGUCUGCUGCAGACAAGUGGUUAUAGGAUGAUGAUCACCGUGCUUAGAACUCCAGCCAUACAUCUGUAUUCACCUCCAGCUAUCAACUGUGAGACCUGCAUAUGUUACUCUGACUUAGCAGACAGAAGCUGUGGCAUAGCCACCCUAUUACGGCUAAAACUUGCUCUGGGUUUAAGUUUACAUAUAACUGUGUUUAUAUGCCACAUAUGUAUCCAAGACAAACACAACUUUCAAAGAUUCUGAGUUGCUCUAACUUGCAUCUCAAUGAGCUAAAAGCGCAAGAAGGUCAUGCCUUAUGGGCUAAUGGGACAACAUCAGAAAAUGCAGAGUAAAAGCUUAAAGUCGGGCUUGAUUGAUGUUGGAUUUUUCUUUUAAAUUAAGAUAAGCUCCUCUUUUGGUAGAUAUGUGAAAGCAAAUCUGCCUACCAGAAAAUUUUCAUUCUUUCCUUUGUAAAUUCUGUAACAACAGAUUUGUUGUAUGUAAUUUUAUUUAUAUUGCAUAAUACUGUGAUGACUUUUUGUGUAUAAGUAUCUGUGAAACCGUGUAUACUGAUUUAAAUAUUUCCAAGUUUAGUUCUAUUGAAUUUAAUAAUAACUUAAUGCA